AUGGCUACUCACGUUCUCACCGCCACCACAACUCCUGCCAACCCGAUCUCGGUGUAUGGCAACCCGUCCCCGGUGAACACCGCCAGUAACUCUCCUACUUCCCCCCGUCAGCAGUAUCUGCCCUUGCAGACCCGUCAACUGCGUCCACCCAAGGGACCUCUCUAUGUUCCCGCUGCCCUGCGCCCGACCGAGCGCCCUCAGAAGGCUUCUCCUCCUUCCCCCCCUCGCAGUGUUCAUGGUUCCCUCGACAGCUUGAAUGACGGCAGCGAGGAACCCCAGCCGGCCCUGACCCGUCGUUCCACCAUCGAGAGUGCGGUGAGCGAUGGAAUCAGCAAGUUAGCCCAGGAUGAAUGGAUGAAACAUGAGCAUCUUGGUGAAGUCACUGGUCUUCCUACGAGAGAGCACUGGAAGAACAUACUGGCUUUCGCUUCGGCGUCCCGUCUGGAUUUAGCAUUUCGGUUACUUGCACGGAGUUCGGAUCUGGUUUUCACUUUACGGCUUAUGGCUUUCUUCUUCCGGCGUUCAGCUCGCUGCCACUCGAUCGUCAUAGAAACGGGGGGUUGUUCUUUCUAA